GCUCUUGUCUCCUCCUCCCACUCCCCACCCCCUCAGCCCUGUGUGAGAUGUUGGGUUUCUUCUUCAUGAGACAUUGUUGAGAAGUCGCAGUGGUUGGAGAGGCGCGGGGGGCAGACUCCCUCUACCUCUACUCCCUCCCCCUCUAUUUUCUCUCUGGGAGGAGGAGGAGGGGAAGGGGGGUUGCAGAACAAGCGAUGGAUGAGGAAAACAUGACGAAAACCGAGGAGCAGCAACCUCUGAGUUUGCAAAAAGCCUUACAGCAGUGCGAGUUGGUCCAAAACAUGAUAGACUUGAGCAUCUCCAACCUGGAAGGGCUUAGGACCAAAUGUGCUACCUCCAACGACCUCACACAAAAAGAAAUCCGGACUCUGGAGAGCAAGCUGGUGAAGUACUUCAGCCGGCAGCUGUCCUGCAAAAAGAAGGUGGCCCUGCAGGAGCGCAACGCCGAGCUGGAUGGCUUCCCCCAGCUCCGGCACUGGUUCCGGAUCGUCGACGUGCGCAAGGAAGUCCUGGAGGAAAUCUCUCCCGGCCAACUGAGCCUGGAGGACCUCCUGGAGAUGACGGACGAGCAGGUGUGUGAGACGGUGGAGAAGUACGGAGCCAACCAGGAGGAGUGCGCCCGCCUCAAUGCCUCCCUGUCCUGCCUCAGGAAUGUGCACAUGUCAGGAGGCAACCUUUCCAAACAAGACUGGACCAUCCAGUGGCCCACCACGGAGACGGGGAAGGAAAACAAUCCCGUGUGUCCCCCAGAGCCCACGCCGUGGAUCCGCACCCACCUCUCCCAGAGCCCCCGAGUCCAGGCCAAGUGCGUCCAGCACUUCUGUCACACCAGCCCCACGCCCGGGGCGCCCGUGUACACUCACGUGGACAGACUCACUGUGGACGCCUACCCGGGCUUGUGCCCACCGCCGCCCCUGGAGUCGGGCCACCGGUCCCUGCCCCCAUCGCCCCGGCAGCGGCACACAGUCCGCACCCCACCGCGCACCCCAAAUAUCGUCACCACGGUGACCCCACCAGGCACGCCGCCCAUGAGGAGGAAGAACAAGCUGAAGCCCCCGGGUACCCCGCCGCCGUCCUCUCGAAAGCUGAUCCACCUGAUCCCGGGAUUCACGGCCCUGCACCGGAGCAAAUCCCACGAGUUCCAACUGGGUCACCGCGUGGACGAGGCCCACACGCCCAAAGCCAAAAAGAAGAGCAAACCCUUGAACCUCAAGAUCCACAGCAGCGUGGGCAGCUGCGAGAACAUCCCUUCUCAGCAGCGCUCGCCACUCCUGUCUGAGCGCUCCCUGCGGUCCUUCUUCGUGGGACACGCGCCUUUUCUGCCCUCCACCCCGCCCGUCCACACCCACACCGAGGCCAACUUCUCCGCAAACACACUGUCAGUGCCACGCUGGUCCCCACAGAUCCCUCGCAGAGACCUCGGCAACUCCAUCAAGCACAGGUUUUCCACCAAGUACUGGAUGUCUCAAACAUGCACAGUGUGUGGGAAAGGGAUGCUUUUUGGCCUCAAGUGUAAAAACUGCAAGUUAAAGUGCCACAACAAAUGCACCAAAGAAGCCCCACCCUGCCAUCUCCUGAUCAUCCACCGAGGAGACCCAGCAAGGUUAGUCCGGACAGAGUCAGUCCCGUGUGACAUCAACAACCCUGUACGGAAGCCACCCCGAUAUUCGGACCUGCACAUCAGCCAGACGCUCCCCAAAACCAACAAAAUCAACAAGGACCACAUCCCUGUCCCUUACCAGCCAGACUCCAGCAGCAACCCCUCAUCCACAACAUCCUCCACGCCCUCUUCACCAGCACCCCCGCUCCCUCCCAGUGCCACGCCGCCUUCUCCCCUGCACCCUUCCCCUCAGUGCACCAGGCAGCAGAAGAACUUCAACCUGCCAGCAUCCCACUACUACAAAUACAAGCAGCAAUUCAUCUUCCCAGAUGUGGUGCCCGUGCCAGAGACGCCGACCCGGGCGCCGCAGGUCAUCCUGCAUCCGGUGACCUCGAAUCCAAUCUUGGAAGGAAAUCCAUUACUUCAAAUUGAAGUGGAGCCAACCUCGGAGAAUGAGGAAGGCCACGACGAAGCCGAGGAGUCCGAGGAUGACUUCGAGGAGAUGAAUCUGUCCCUCCUCUCAGCCCGGAGCUUUCCCCGCAAGGCCAGCCAGACCAGCAUCUUCCUUCAGGAGUGGGACAUCCCUUUCGAGCAGCUGGAGGUUGGCGAGCUCAUCGGAAAGGGCCGCUUUGGGCAGGUGUACCACGGCCGCUGGCACGGCGAGGUGGCCAUCCGGCUGAUCGACAUUGAGAGGGACAACGAGGACCAGCUGAAGGCCUUCAAGCGGGAGGUGAUGGCCUACCGGCAGACGCGGCACGAGAACGUGGUGCUCUUCAUGGGCGCCUGCAUGAGCCCGCCCCACCUGGCCAUCAUCACCAGCCUCUGUAAGGGACGGACACUCUACUCGGUGGUGAGGGAUGCCAAGAUUGUGUUGGAUGUCAACAAAACCAGGCAGAUUGCCCAAGAAAUUGUGAAGGGCAUGGGCUACCUGCACGCCAAGGGAAUACUUCACAAAGACCUCAAGUCAAAGAACGUCUUCUACGACAAUGGCAAAGUGGUCAUCACAGACUUCGGGCUCUUCAGCAUUUCCGGCGUGCUGCAAGCUGGCAGGAGGGAGGACAAGCUGCGCAUUCAGAAUGGCUGGCUGUGCCACCUGGCACCGGAGAUCAUCCGCCAACUGUCCCCCGACACGGAGGAGGACAAGCUUCCCUUCUCCAAGCACUCUGAUGUCUUUGCCCUUGGCACAAUCUGGUAUGAACUCCAUGCCAGGGAGUGGCCUUUCAAGACCCAACCAGCAGAGGCGAUAAUCUGGCAGAUGGGCACAGGGAUGAAACCCAACCUCAGCCAGAUCGGCAUGGGAAAAGAAAUCUCGGACAUUCUUCUCUUCUGCUGGGCCUUUGAGCAAGAAGAGAGGCCCACUUUCACCAAGCUCAUGGACAUGCUGGAGAAACUGCCAAAGCGAAACCGCCGCCUGUCUCACCCCGGACAUUUCUGGAAGUCUGCAGAGCUGUGACCGUGGGACAGUUGGAUGGCGCUCAGCCACCUCAGCUCCAAGCCACCUCUCCUUCCCUGCUCUGCUCUCUGCCAGCUCAGGAGGCCAGAGGCUCACCGUCGGAGGUCCCAGCCCAGCCAGCCUGGGGCCACUGCACACCGGCGCAGGGGCUGCCCCGCACGCACCCCAGACUUGCGCCCUUUUCCUCAGGCAGAGUCAGGAACCCCAAGCUAGGACCGAACUGGAGCCAGGACAACGCAGGAUUGAUGAGUGAGGUCCAGGGGGUCACAGCGUAGACAAGAAAAACACAGGCUGAGCGCGGAAGCCCAGGCUGUGCAGACGAAGGCGGGAGACCUCCUGGGUCUGUGUGCACAGGUGUCAUCGCAUGGCCUCUUUUUGCUUGGAAAAGCAGGGGCCAGACUGCCCUGGCUGCAGAGUGUCCCGGGCUGCUUUUGUCUCUGGGAGAAGGAAGCAGAGCAAGCACCAGCUCUCUCAAGGCUUCUUGGCCAAAGUCACGGUGGGGAGGAAGGGUUGGCUAAAGCUCAUUUAUUUAGAAACGUCUGUUUUCAGAGCCCCCAGCCAAGGCUACAGUGCUUCGUGGCACCUUUGCACAUAGCUCAGGAAGGCAGCACAAGAGUUCUGCACGUCUUUUGAACUCCAAGUCUCUCAGGGGUACCAGUUUCUGGGUUCCACCUUUGCUUGCUGUUCCACAAAAGUGUCAUCCUGUCUCAUCUCACUGCCCCACCCUCCUUUUGCCGUUUGGAAAGCACAGUGGCUUGCAAGCCAGAACGUCUUCGGGGGGUUCCCUAGAGCUCCGUCAUUCAUGACACCCGCAGGAGUCUGGGCUCUGAGGACCAAGGCUCUGGGGAAGGAGUUGCAGUACAUUCCUUCCCCUCCCUCUUUGGCGCUGACACUCUGGAGUUGGUCUACCCACAGCGGUGGAUAUGGGUCCCCAGGGUGUGAUGCACUGGGUUACACGGUUGUACACAUAAUAGCCCAUUUGUGAAGGGCUUCUCCGCCUCUCGUGCUUAGUAAGUCCUUUGGGGGAGGUAAGGAAGGGUGGGUGUUUUAGCCCUGCAUUCACAUGCUAGCCUAGUUCCCAGUCCUCAAGUGGCCUCCCCAUCAGGAGCCUGUGUCCCUUUGCCCAUUCGUGCUUGCUCAGUGUCCCUCUCACCCCUCUCCUGGUUUAUCAGCUGGGCCAGUGGCUUCUUCUAGGGUUCCCCCAUUGUCCUGUGUGAAGGGUGCUGUGGGCAGAUUGGAUGUGGACAGUGUGUCCAUUUCCCAAAGCCCCGACCCCACUGCUCUGACCCAGUGUAAAAGGGAAAUUCAUCCCCAAGCUGAGCAAUUGUAGAGGCAGCUGAGCAGCUGGAAGGAUGCCCAGGGUCACCCCACUGUCCCUCUGGACUUCCUGAGUGCCACUGGCCUUGUCAUUUUAUAGCUACCGUCUGAUCCAGGCAUCUCCCUCCUGGAGAGAGGAACUAAGACUUCAAAACCCCUACCUGUGCUGAGACUCAGAAUUCAACCAGACAUACAUACGGGGAUCUUCCCCACCUUGGAUGGCCCCAGACUGGUCCAUGCUCUGGGGACCUGCCUGCUUCCCAGCAAGGAAGAAUGAGAAAAGUUGUGUUUCCUAAGAGCUGGACCCCAGGGAGACCCUCGUACCUCCCCAGGGCCCUUUCUACAUUGCCUUUCCGGUGAUCUCAGCUGCCUGGGACCAGGGCGCUCAAAACUCCAUGUGGGCAGUUCUUAAGUGGGCAUCUUCUAGGGACAUUUAUACCUCUGUGGUCCUUGGCUUGGUAUUAGUGUAUCUUGGAAAAGGUACACUGGGCCUAUAUUGCAGACUGUUCUUGGGCUUUGAAUGAGGGCACCUCACAUAAACCUUCAGGGGUCCUCAGAACUUGGGUGUUGCAGGAGACAGCUCUUGGAGGCCAUCAGACAAGCUCCCCUAUGGACCAAUCCUGAGCUGGGCCUGGACCUUCUUUGGCUCUGCCUGCAGCCUACUGAGCGCCUGAAACCCAGCCCCUGAUUUCUCUUUCAUCCCACCAGGAUGCCAUGGGUCCACAGAUCAGUCUUGGAGAGGAAACAAGAAAGGGAAGGGGUAGCCAGUGUUCCGCUACUCUAAAGCUGAAUUGCCACAAGAACUUGAACCUCCUCUCCUUGCCCCCUUGUUUCCCCUUUCUGUGCUACAGUGACCAACCACAGCCUUUGACAAGGCCCGGCAAGGUCUCCAAAGGACGACUUUUCCAUGUGUCCAUGGAACACAUGCCCCUCUUUGGGGUUAAGCAUAGGGAUGGGUGAUGCAGGGAGAAACCCCGUCCUGACCUUCUCUUGGGGCUUCUCUUCUUUGCAGACCAGAGGUCUUAGGUCUGGCCCUGGGUCCCAUGUCACCUCUUCUUGACUUCUUGCUCUUUCUUCUCCUUCUAUGCUCUGCCCCCACCUGCCAAGAUCUCUGCUGCAGCCACCUGGGCACAUCCGGGCAUCCUCUCAGCCACCCUCUCCCACCCCAGCUGUAUCACCACGGCUUGUUAGUGCCCCCUUUAAUUUACACACAUUGAAGUCCUGGGAAAAGAAAACACUCCUUUCCCUGCUGGCCUCAGUCCAUUCAUGAUGAGGGAUGGGGUCCAUCAAUUCAUCCAUCCUUUGCAAGGAGAAAGAGAAGACAGGAUGCUAUACGUUUUUCCAUCCUAGCUGCCAACCUGUCCUGCAACUCCAUCUGUACAGUGCACCCAGCUAAGAUACGUGUGUGUGUUCAGUGACACAAGUCAUGCACUUGACAGAGAGUUGUUUCUUUCUGAGCCUCGAGUUCAGCAAACUCUUCUUUAGAGAGGCUGCCCCAGAGAGCCAUCCGCAGAGUGAGAGUCAUCCGAGGGCCUUGCCUCUGAGAGAAACAUCUCUUUUUCUUUCUAGAACAUGUGGCCUUGCCCACUGAAUCCCAUCCAUUCCUCCAGCUCAUAGGUCUCUCCUAAAACAAAAGACCUUCUGUGGAGACAUCUGGUCUCCCCCUCCCCAGAGCCAAACUAGAAACUCCAAACCCCCAGUUGUUUUUUGUUUUGUUCUGUUUUCUGGUUUUCCUCUUUCUGGUCAAGGAAAAAAACAUCUAAUCUUGUCACAGAGGUCCAUCCUUUCUCACCACACCCUUCUUGUCUUCUUCCGCCAAUGGAAGCCCUUGACUGACAUCAGCAGGCGGAUUCCUGAAUCCAGUCAGCUUUGUCCUUUUCCUUCCCCACCUCCACCCCGUGAUCAAACACACCACGGACCCCAACCACACACGCAUCCAGACUCCCGUCACGUCUCGAGCCCUUUCCCCACCAGGAGAGGCACACAGAGGAAAUGGCCAAACUCAGCCCCAGAUAAUCACUGCCCUGAGGAAUCCAGAACUGAGAGUCAAAACUUACCUCCUGAGGGCCACGCCCAGCCCCCCAAAUGGUUUUUACUUGUAUUUCAUUGGAGAGGAAGAUUCAGAAGGAAAUAAUAUCUCAUGACUUGGGGACAUUCUGUGAAAUUUAAAGUUCAUUUCCCAAUACAGAAUUGUAAUGGGACACACCUGUCUGUUUGUAUAUGUCCAUGGCUGCCUUGUGUCACAAUGAUGGAGCUCUUUGCAGUGGAGGCAAGGCAGCUCACGGAGCCUAAAAUAUGUGCAGUCUUGGCCUUGACUCUCUUUUGAGGCCUCUGAUAGGACUUACAAGAGAAUAAAUUCACUUGUGUAUCCCAGAGGAGGGACGGAAGCUACAGAGAGGACUGUUUCACACUUCUAAGGUACAGGGGGCUCCCAGGAGGUGACAGCUCCCUUCGUGGGACAGAUGUGAGCAGAUGUUGAACACGGGGCAUGUACCAUAGGCAGGAAUUCAAGCUCUGGAGGCUGCAUGAAGGAGUUGGGCUUUAAGACCACAUUGCUUUGCUUGGGCUGCUGAUAAUAAGCCAUACACCAAGCGGUUUAAAUAGCAGACGUUUUCUUCUCACAGUUCUUGAGGCUGGAAGUUCAUGAUCAGUGUGUCAAGGCUGCUUUCUGGCAAGUCUCUCCUUGGCUUGCAGAUACUGCCUUCUCAUUGUGACUUCACAUCCACAGUAUCUCACUCUAUAAGGACUCCACCUUUAUAAGAGUUAAGACCACACCCCUUUGGGUAAUUUAACCUCACUUAAUUCUUUAAACGCUCUCCCCAAAUACUGUCCCAUUUGGGAUUUGGACCUAUGCACAUGAACCUGAACACAUUUCCUUCCCUUUCACCACCCCUUGGGAUUUCUAAGGCUCUGGAGUAUUUUUCACUACUGGGGAUUGAACCCAGGGCCUUUGCAAUGAGCUACAUCCCCAA